GAGCGGGGCAAGCGGCCGCAGCAGAGACGCGGAGCGGGGCUGGGAAGGAGCUGGGGGUGGGCUGAGCUGAGCUGAGCUGAGCGGCCCCCGCGCUCUGCGAUAGGGAUUUCUGUUUGUGUUGGGUUCGUUUCCCACUUUCCCCCCCCCUCCUCCCUCCCUUCUUUUGUAUAUAUAUAUAUUUUUUUUAAACUUUAUUUUUUUAAUUUAUUUUUUAUUUGCGUUUUUUUUUUAACUCCCGUUUCAUUUGCAUUGCACUCCCACUUUUAUUUGUGUUCUUUCGUUGCAUCCGACGUUUUUUCAGCGCCCAACUCGUGCUUCCUGCAUCCUUAUUGCAUUCUUUAAUCUCACUUGCAAUCUUUUCUCUUUCUACGCUCUUUCCUUCACAUCUUACCCGCAUUUUGCUUCUUUUGUUUUCUUCCCUUUAUUCCCAUCUCGCAGGUACUUUGGCUUCUGUUUUUCUUUUUCAGUUAUAAUUAUUGUUCCUUUUUGCCAUCUCCGUUCACCUUUCCUCUCCCGUUCCCCAACCUCUCCCGGCGCUGCCGCGCUCCCCGUCCCCGCCGCCGUGGCCCCUCGGCGAUGAACGGCGGUGCCCCGCCGCCGCCCCCCGCAGCCGCUUCACGCUGCCGCCGCCGCCCCGCCUCUCCGGAGCUGCUGCGUUGCAAACGCCGCUUGGCCUUCGCCUCCCUCUCGGGCGGCGGCACCGCGGCUGCGGCCGUGGCCCGGCGCAACGAACGGGAGCGCAACCGCGUGAGGUUGGUCAACCUGGGUUUCGCCGCUCUAAGGCAGCAUGUCCCCCACGGGACCGCCAGUAAGAAGCUGAGCAAGGUGGAGACGCUGCGCUCCGCCGUCGAGUACAUCCGAGCCCUGCAGCGGCUCCUCGACGAGCACGACGCCGCCGCUGCGUUCCCCGACGGUCGAGCGGGCCGCUCUGCGGGGCGAGCGGCCGUCGGGGAAAGCGGCGGAGGUAGCGGCUAUUCCUCUGCAUCACCUUGUUCCUCCGAGGAGAGCGGCUACGAGCCGGUGCUCAGCCCUGAGGAGCAGGAGCUGCUGGAUUUCACCAGCUGGCUUGGGAGCUACUGAGCUAGCAGGAGCCAUACCUCGAUUCCUAUGGUCUUCCACAGCAGCCAGCAGUACCCUCCAAAAUAAAUCUCCUGCAGAAAUUCUCAAGUUCCUCCUGGCUGCUUUCCUUGCUGGGCUCCAAGCUCACGCCAAGCUGAAGUGCAAUGGUGUCACAGCUCCAAUGUCUGCUCCGGGGCUGCUGAUAGACAAGGUUUUCACCCACUCCAGAGAAUGGCCACGCAUCCCCUUGCAGCUACUUCCCAUCGGCCUUUGGAAAGGGUGGAAAAAAGAAAUGGAAACUACUUGAUGCUUCCUUGUUUCUGGAGGGGGAGGGAAUUUUUUAUAAUGUCAGAUUCUAUUUUGUAUGCAACUUGAACUGCCUAUGGGAACAGUGGUGUAUGAAGACUUAUUUUUGUAGGAGAAACCUUAGGGAAAAGGGGUAAGGAGGUAACUCUAUUUUCAGUCCAAUUCCCUUGUUCUUGAACACUGCCAGCUGGAAUGUUUGGGGAAUACACACCGUUUAGAUGAAAGGGUUUGUUUGUUUUUCUUUCCCCAGACACUUUACUAAAGGACUGCAAAGUUCUGUUGCGUCUCACUGUGGUGUCUGACUCUGCCUGGUGUGAAGGUUCACUUCUCUGAAAACUGAAGUUGUUUUGUUGUUGGUUUUUUGUUGUUGUUGUUGUUGUUUUGUUUUUUAAAUGCAUUGAAGGCAUUUUUGUAUGCACUUGCUAGGAUUUCUUAAGUCGUACAUAUGCAGUUUUUAAAAAGAGUAUCAUAUUUUAUGUAAAUUGACUUUAUAAAUAAAAUCUAUUUAUAAAUGG